GUCCAUUUCAAUUCUACCCAAGCAAAGUGAGGCAUGUUGCUUCCACUCUCCCUCAUUGCAGCCUUGCUAGGCACUACGGUGGCCAGCACCGGCGCGACUUCUAAAUGUCUUUCUUCCAACACCCUCGGUGCUGACAACUAUCAGCUCUGCUGUCCGAAUGGCCAAGGCUCCGGAAAGGGAACCGUGGGCGAAACCGUCUUUGAGUACAGCUGCGGUCAGUAUUAUACUGGCAAGAGCGGACCUGGCACUCAGCAUCGACAGGUGAACAGCGCCAAGGAUUGCGCGCAGCUCUGUUCGAGUCCUGAUUGCCCCGGAGCUUCGUGGCAGAGCACCAGGAAGCAAUGCUGGGUGCUAGGAAGCGGUAACUCGGACUAUUCUGCCUUUUCGCCCGCGAAGGACUGGUUAAUCAUAACCCGAUCUGCCGAGACGCCGAAGGAUCCGGAUCCGGAGGAGGAAUGUAAAGAUCUCAUUGACGCUGCCAAAGAGACCGCGGAGGAGAAGAUCAAAUGUGAGGCUGAGAAGGCCGAGCUCACCGACAAGGCCGCUACCACUGCCGGUCAAUGCGAAUCCGACAAGGAAGCUGCUCUGGCUGGCGCUCAGGCCCAGUGCGCCACUGAGAAGAAGCAAAUUCAAGAGGAAGGAGAAGCUCAGUGCAAGUCCGAGAAAGAGGCGGCCAGCUCUCAAUGCGAAAACGACAAGAAUCAGCUCCAAGAAUUGGUAGACGAUGCUCGGUCGCAGUGCAAGUCCGAGAAAGAUGCGGCCAACACUCAAUGCGAGAACGCGAAAAACGAAAUUCGUCAACAGGGAGAAAGCAAGCUGCAACAGUCCAAGACCCAGUGCGAUGCAGAGAAGUCCGAACUCCAGCAAAAGGUGCAAGAGCUGGAGAAGAAGGCUGCGUCUGCACCCAAUGGCCAGGGCCACGGUCAGUGGCAGGCGGUUGAUCCCCAGUGUCGCGAUUCCAGCUGGACCAACCUCUGCGGUUCAGGCUGUUCUCAGAGACAAUUCAAACUGGGAGGAGUCGAUUUCCAGGUCAAGUGUGGGGUUCGCACUAAUGGCGCGAAUGAAGAGGCUUGGUACUACCGCCAGUCGAUUCUGGAGUGCGCCGAAGCCUGUGCCCUGACCCCCCGAUGCCUGGGUGUUGGAUGGAGAAGUAUUGGUGGGGAGCCAGCUAUCGGAGUAACCAGGCCGCAGGAAUCGGCUAACCACAAGCACCACACUCAGUACUGCCAUGCCAUGAUCCGACAGGACGGUUUCAGUAUGCUCAGGAAUACCCCUCUAUACUACGAGCAUUUGAUUUACGCCCCGGCUCGUGUCACCCCGGUUUGA